AUGCGUCUUACAGGAAUCGCCUUGGCUAUUUUCGCUAGUGCUCAAGCUGCCACUGCCAGCCUUGCCUCUGCACGCGCCUUGGACUCUGUCGCUCUCCCCGUCAGCGCCGCCACCCACGUUCCUGUCCUUGCCAGAAGCGACGACGGAGAGCAGAAGCCGCAGUUCAGAGUCCAAGAUUGCGACAAAAAGGACAAGUAUAUCCGGUGCGGAAAAUGCAACGGGACAAAAUGCAAAGUUGACGGGAGUAAUAUGUAA